UUUUAUAAAAGCAUCUUUAUUGUGCAAACAGAGAAGUCUUUUGUAAUAUUUCGUAGAAUAUACCCCAGCUCCAGUUCAGAUCACGUGGAUCCGCAAAGAUGGGAAAGUAUUCCCGUAUACGUAUAGUAUAAUACUUCUUAGCUGUAUUUCCAUCUACACCCACACCUAUGAUGUCAUCUCAAAUUGUAAUCGAUAGAGGGCCGACAUCCUGGCGCCAAAGGAUGUCCUUAUUAUUUUCGUCUGCGCGUCGCAACUCGCAGCUUCAAUUUCAUCCCCAUCAACUAUCUUCGUUCCAACUGAUAUACAUAAUUCCUAUACACUGCAUAGAUAUUUAGAAACGUAUGGGAUCGCACAACAGGAUAAUUCUAAGCACGACACUCCGUAACUGCAGUUAAAAAUCUUCUAUGUAUUUCUGAGACACGCAUUUUAUAUAAAUUUUUUUAAUACAAUCGUUGAAAAUUCACCAUAUAGCGCCAAUUAUGCUAUCUCUUCGAGGGCUGAACAUGCAUCCCUUAGGUUUAGCGAUGUCAGAAUAGAAUAAUUGGAAUUUUUGCACGCGAUGUCUUCAGAUUCGAAACUAUGACGCGAGCGAGGCCUUAACUCAAGGGAAUAUCUGAAUGAGAUUCGUGUGAAAAUUUAAAUCCACGAGAUUCCGAUUGUCGCGAAUGUAAUCGACGAAUGUAUACAGCUAACAAAAUUUUUGACUGUGAUUGGCGCCAGUCUGAAUUCGUUACAGCUUGCAAAACAGUCGGAAAAAAUGCGUCACGUGAAUAACAACGAAAAAAAAGUCGCUUACCAAAGAAAAAAAAAAAAAAAGGUAAAAAAUUGCAGGGUGUCUGGUGUUUUUAGUAUAAAAAUGGAAAAAAAUAAAAUAAAAUCUAUAAUGCAUGAAAUUCGGCUUGUUAUCAAUAUCUGGCUCACUUAAGCGAGAUGGUUAGUAGGUAGCUUUAUUUUCUCUAGGGGUGGUUUUCGGGCAACGUUUUCACACGUUAUAGUACGGAGGGCGCCGUACUGGCGUCGGCAGUUACCCCUAAACGCUCUUUGAAGGCGGAUCCACCCAUGGCUUGGGAUUAUAAAAAGAAAAAGUACAAAAUUUUGACUGAUUCUUCGGUCCCCUUGUCGGCUUGUCUCGGACAGUCAACUACUCUUCGAUAAAUAUUGAAAUUGCGAUGAGGUGACAAAUUGUGAUAAACCCUCCGAUAUAUUAAGUCUCUUGAAUUAUUUUAAAUGAAAGUAUUUUUUCUUUUGAGAAAGUCAUUGUUUAUCUCAUUCGUUUCACUUUCAAAUAUUAUAGGGGUGUGAUAUAAGUAAAGUUGAUCGCGAUCCUAUGACGAGUCGACGAGUUGAUAAUAUAAAUUACAUGUUCAAGCAGCUGACAAUCUGCAUCCCCAAUUCGGAUGGAUGCUCAUGUAAUAUAAAAUGUUUAAAGUGAUUAAUCAAUCGAAUCCAAUCCGAUUUCAUGAAAAAUAAUAUAGCUCGAGCAGCAUAGCCUGUAGGUAUAGUACAGGAAUGUUAUUAUAAUUACGCGCGUUAAUAUUGUUAAUUGUUCAUCUACAACAAUCAAAUUAGGGUGAUUGGUCAUAGUUUCCAGCAAUAUUUUUAAAUAGUAUAAACAAAAAAUGCCAUGUCAUUCUACCACGAAAUAAAUAUAAAAAUCAACUAACGGCGGUUCGAAUGAAUUAAUAUGACACUGCUGACGUUGGUGUAUCUUUAUAUUGUUGUUGAUAAAAGUUGAAAUCCUUCUUCGGAAUCGAUGAUUGUUAAUUUUGACUCACUAACGCUCAAAGGGCAAAAAUGAACCAGGAAGCUGCCGAAGAGCAGCGGCCGAUUCCGCAGACCUUUUGCGGUGCCUUACAAAAAGAAGCAAACUGCAAAUGUCUGGUGUUGUCCGUUUUGAUUUACGGAUGUUUAGCAGCCGUCACGUGGUGCAGAUGUGCGAAUGUUACGAAGGUCGUCAUCGACUUUUUAAAGUAUCCCAUUACAAGCACAAAACACGUCUCACCAUGCGACGAUGGUUACGUUUACAUACCGGUGGCUUUCAUGGGCAUGCUGUACCUGGUCUACUUGGUCGAGUGCUACCACUCGCCGAUAAGAAUCGACCUUUUGCACGCGAGGAGCCAGGACAGCAUACUAACAAAAUUAGCACAGCUAAAGAUGGCCCAGGCGACGAUCUGGUGGAAGGCUAUCUCUUAUCAUUACGUGCGCAGAAAACGUCAGAUAACUCGUUACAGGAACGGCGACAAUUACACAACGACUCAGGUGUACUACGAGAGGGUGAACACGCACGCGGCAACUUCAUUUUACUUCUAUGGUUACUGCGGCGUCAAGGACAUCAGCAAGGAGCUAGUCCUUGACCCAAAACUCCCGAUCACCAAGAUAACUCUCGGUAAGGGAUUCGCUUUUUCAAACAUGAGGUCUGCAACGGAAUUUGAAGAGGCCAGAUCAAGAUUUUUCGCUGAACAGGAACACAGAGACGAUUACAUGGAGAUGCGGGAGGGUCUAGAUUUGGGGUACAACUUUAAUCCGACGUCUUUGGUAGCGGUACUUGGGAGACCUUGGUUCACGAACGCCUACGUUUAUUGGAGUUUGAGCGCGCUACUCCUCAGUUGGCCAUUGAGAAUCAUAAUCGAGUGUAACACGCAGUAUGCCGAUUACCAGAUUACCAAAUUAUUCGGGAUAAAUUACGACGCGCCAUCGGCAAACGGUCAACCGAUUCACGCCUCCUCCAGCCAGCUGAGUGCUCCGGGUUCUUAUAUGCUGGUACCGAGUUACAGCGAGGCUCUUCUGAUGGAACCAGCUCCGGUACCGGUGCGAACAGCCGUUCCGGAAGAACCGUGCAUGGAAAUGGUACCUAGUUAUUCGGAGGCUUUGCUCUACGAGCGCGCCUAUGAUAUCCAAGGUGAAGUAACGGUAGAGCAGUGUCCGGAGGGUGGAAAUACAUCUGCGAAUUGCGAGUGUCCUUGCCACGGUGCCGAAGAAGUACGAAUGGCGGUAGCUGGUAUAUCAGACGCUAUCAUCAGAGAAAAUGUGGAAAUUGUAGACGACGUAUCGAGGAGAAGUUUGGAAAGCAACACAGGGACAUGUUCGAACUGUAGCGAGGAUUCGAACAGCGCGAGGCUCCUGCAAGCGGUGGAACUUACGGAUGAAGCGAAUCGCGGUGACGAUCGUCUUAACGGUGGGGGUGAAUCGGCACGCAGUUCGACGGAUGUUUCCGGUCGAUCAUCUUAUAUGACGGGGGAGCCGCAAAUUUUUGAAUUGCAGAAACGGACUUCAAUGUUGAGGGAAAAUUCGGCGCCGAACUUGAGGACGAAUUCAGAGCUGUUUAGCGGUAACAUGUUGAUGGGAAAGGCGAACGUUCAAAGUUUGGAAAAUAUAUUGGAACACGACGAGACGGAUGUUGAUUUUGGUACCGGCCAUCAAUCGAGAAACUCAAGCUGCAGAGCAGAGGCGUUAAUUUUAGAGGACGACGAUUCCUUGCACGAAAUUUACGAUCCCUCGCAGGAGCUUGUUUGCUCGUCGAAGCAUCAUUCCGUUGCGAACGUGAGUCGCGGGGCUAUACCGAAGAAAUACGAAAUUCCGGUGCAGGGGCCGGAACUAGUGAAGAAGAUCCCGAACUCGAGGACUUAUUUCUGCAUAAAAUCGAUUUUGAAACAACAUAGAAGAAGGUACACGCUGGUCACGCCCGAGGAACUCCAAACUCUAGUCGGAACCGAGCAUCAAAACGGUGAAGAUGUUUUCCCCAGCGCUACAGGUUCCUCGACGAUGAGCCGCGCCUGUAAUCCGCACUGCUGCGGUGCCCACUGGGAAAGAGUCGACGUAAAUUCCAACACCCUGCAGGAAAACAAUCUACCGGUCGACCUCCACCUCCGCAGAACCGGUCAGCUUUGCCAGGGCAGUCUUGAAAGUUUGAGUUCUUCCCGGGGGCAAAUUCAUGAUUUUUCUAAAAGGGAUUUACAGGGUGGGAGUUCCAGAACUCUUAUAUUCGCAAGUCCGAUUCAGGAAAUAUGUCCAAGUGAUCCUUUCGGUGGCAGGACGCUCGUUCCAAGUGAGAAUCCACCAAAUUACGAGGAGGCUCUCGAUCUUCCUGUGCUCUCUCGGCUCAAGAGAUCCUUCACUGAACGCGAGACCCGAAACACCGGGGGGAACGUGAGAAAACAUCAUCGAACCUUCAGUAUAGAACCGGAAUAUUUAUUCUCCGGUAACCGGGGCGACGCGAUGCCUUACGAUGUUGUGAUACCGGUACAAAAUAGUAGAAUUAUAUUGCCUAGUCAAUACCGAAGGGCAAUUUCCGAGGACGGUUGCACGGGAAGAGAAUCUUGUGUAUCUCCUGCAGGAAUUAAUACGACAACUGUGGGAGUAUCUCCCUAUUGUCAGGGUCCAGAUGGAGAUCCAGGAACGGGAAGGUUAUCGAGACUCACGCGUUCGCUGACUGAAAGAACAUCGUCAAGAAGAAACGUGGAUCGUAACUUCCGUAGGAGUUUAACGGACAGAAUUGAAUUCUCGCGAAACGGGAGCAGGCGUACAAAUAUUAACAUGGAAACUUCGUUAUAACAAGUGGAGAAUGUUAGAACAGCUCUUUUCGACGGCGCGAUGACGUUUUUUCUCAUUCCUAUAGCGUAUUUUAAGAAUAAUUUUUUUUUUUUUUACAGCGAUAAAACCGGCGCCGUAAGCCCAAAAGUUUGAGUGAGAACAAUUUAUUCCGUAAGUUCAGCGACAGAAAUAUAUCGAUUCUACAUAUUUCUAUUCAGAGAUAUAUACGUACACGUUGAGAAAAAAAAAGAAUUUUCACAGGCAUUUUUCAUACAUCCCGAAUACCAUGCAACUGUCAUAACUGCGUCCGUGAAUAUUAAGUUGUACGAAAUACUUCGUAUUUCUAUUGUGAUAAAAAGAAGGAAUACCAAGUAAGAAGGGGAAUGAAAAAGAAGUUAAAUAAAAUAAUGAAAAAUGAUGAGCUCCUAGCAUCGAUAGCAGAAUGAGGAGUAAUUAACUGAUAACAAUCUUAAAAAUAUUAAAAUAGAGCUUGCCAAAAAGUAGGUAAUCGUUCCUGACGUUGAUCGCUCAAAUCCACCGCACGAUUUUAUUAUAAACAUACAUAUACGUGUAUAUUGUAUAGUAAGAAUAAGUAAUAUACGCUACGGGCUCAUAACGUUAUACGUACAGAUUACAAGCACUAGUGAGUUGUCAUACUAAUUCAUUUUUUUCCCCCGAUAAACUCGCGAAUAUUGCACAAUCAUUUAUACCUAUAUUGCAUAUGGAGCAUUCUGUGCCAACUGGCACACCUUGGACCCUUACCAUUUUUGUUUCGACCAAUCUCUUCUUCCAACAUUCGCCUCAACCACCCAAAAUUUCAAAUUUUUCUGAGCGACCGGCUCGUUCCGAUGAUUUUUAGAAAAAAUUUCACAUUAGCAAGCAACUAACAAUAAGCCUUGAACAGGCUAUAUCCAGAAGUAUAGGUAUUCCAAUAACUUGUUGAAAAAAGGUUUGAAUUUUUUGAAGCUUUUCAAAAAAUGAGGUUUUUAUCAGAAAAAAAUUGGUUCUGACACAAAAAUGGUCGGGGUCGGUGGUUUGCGAGUUGGCGUGGAAUGCACCAUGUACAUAUUUAGGGAUAGUAUGUCCAUAAUAUACUAUAAUAUAGCGAAGCUGCCGAAGUGUAUAUGGGUAUUGAUCGUGAGCAUAUGCGAUACGCGCGUAUAUAAUAAUUUACGCAUACAUAAAUACUAUACGGGCAGAAUAUGUACGCGAUGUCAGGAAAAACGUAACGAUUAUAUUAUAUUAUUGGUAUUGAAGAAUAGGUAGUUAUCUGAUAACAGUAAUAUUAACUGCUCGGUGUGCUGUGCUAAAUAAUUCUUCAGGGUUGCUGUAAAAUUAAGUUUAGACAUAGGUAUUAUGUAUAUGACCAUACAUCAUAAUAUCCGUACGCGAGAGCUGCAAAGGUCGGUAUGAGAGAAGGGGUAGCUAAUCCACAUCUGAGACUUUAAAAAUUGAAUUUCAUUUUCAAGGGAUGAUUAUUACCGUUGCGGAAUUAAAUUUCGUGAAGUAAAUAAUUAUUACGUAAAAUUUCUCUGAGUUAAUAAUCAAAGAGUUGUAUUUAUAGGCGACUUACCGAAAGCUUGAACGCUAACAGUAAUUAUGUUAUCGUACGUAAUGUGUAAUACGAAAGUAUAGAGGAUGGAACACGUAUACGUACAAUUCAGAGCUAUGGGCUUCAUCAUCGCUAUUCGGCAGCAAUUAUACGUAUAGAAAAGUACUUACCACAAUUACGGUAUCUCUGCAGAGGAUGUGAAGAAAAUAGUUGCUUUUGAGGAAUUCGCCUCACAAUCAGUCACACGUACUGACAAUGAGAUAGCUAUACGUGUAUGAGAUUAAAAAAAAAUAAAUAAAUAAAUAAAAAAGAAAAGGGUCGAUCGAACCACGAACUGCGAAAAUAAUUAGCUAGCACGAAUAAUCUCCACAUGAAAAUCAGAGACUGGAUAACAUAUAUCUACAGCAUAGCAGCGUACAUGAUUCAAAUCUUUCAAUUCAACAAGUUCUCCGUUCGGUGGUCAGAAAUAAUGAAUAAACAAAAAUGUAGAUAUAUAGCACGGUUAUACAUAUGUAUACUUGCGGUCUGUCUGAUGAUUCGGCCGUAGGGUAUAGAAAUAACUAUAAUCGAUGAAUUGGUGCGAUUCCUUCCACUGGUAAAAUAGGUACAAUACAAAUUAAUGAUUAAUAAGACAUUCCCAAAUAUGUAUAACAAUCGCAUACUACUAUAAUUGAUACGUCCUCUUAGGCAAUUAUUUUGACCGGUUAAUACUAACAAAAACAUUAACAUUAACGUUAUUAUAUAAUGUUGUCGAAUGUUUUUUUUUUUGUUGAUUAUUGCUAUGUACUAUAUUAUAUUCUAUGAUUACCGGUGUACCUGAUACUAAUUGUACAGUAUCGGACACAGUAUAUCCAGCUGUGAGACGCAUUUAAUAACGGGGCCUUAGGAUGUAACGUAAGAAAAUGUUUGGAUACUAUAUUAUUGAUUAAUCAAUUAAAUAAUUAAUUGAUGCUUUAGUCGAUAAAUGAGACCAAAUUAAAAGAAAAAAAAUAAUAGCUUUCGAAUGAAUUUGCAUUGCGAUCUACGUGUAGAUAUAAUAUGAGAAAGCGGGCUUACCAUAUAGCAAUCGUAGUUGGAGCGUUGUUUGUACAAGCCUGAAUGCCCUGACAAGAUCGGGACUGCAUUCGCUCUAGAGAUUCUCAAAUUUUAGCGUCAAACAGUUUGGCUUCUGAUAUACAUACCGCUAGAAGCUUAUGUUCAUAUACCUGAUUGGUAUUAUUCUGGCAGUAAGUAAAAUCGUACGAGUUCCUUGUGAAAUGAAAAUAUACCGAUUAGAUGAAUGUUAUAAUUUUAUUUCGACCGAGUAGAUGAAAAUUGGGGCUUGUACGAACAACGUAUGGUGUAAAAAUAAAGUCAACUUGCCUUUCAAAUAUAUAUAAUUAUAUACUAUACUUCGGUGAAGUCUGAACGCUUCGCGUACAUACAUACUUCUUCAGGAUCUUCGUAUUCGAAAGCGAAAUUUGAAAGAGAUUACGAUAAGUGAUUCAGAAUUUUUCGAGGUAUGCAUCGAUAGCUCAAUAUAUACAUACAUAAAUUUACAUUAAUUAUUAUUAGGUAUUCAAUCGAUAAUCGAAAGUUAUUGAAUUUAUUGAUAAUAAUAUACAAAAAUAUAUUUGUUGUAUUUGUAUUUCAAAGCUUAUAUCUGUGUAUUUUGACUAAGCAAUUAUUAUUGUUCAAGUAAUCCUACUGUCAAUUUAAGAAGCUUAAGCCAAUGGCAAUUACUAUAUUAUCGGGGUUCGGAACGAUAUUUAGCAUUAGCGACAUUUCACCGUGCGAAGUAAUUCUAUUUCGGAGCAGGUAUACGUGGCAAAUUGUGCAGAAAGUUUUGGCGUUCGUAGACCGUUGUAGCUGAUGUGAACGGAUGUUGGAUUUUUUUUUUGGUUUUAACAAUCGGGCAGUCCGUAGGCCCAGUUAUUUUCGAGCCUAGGAUACAUAAAUACAUAGGUAAUAUGAUGAUAGGUAAUAAAA